UCACCCACCCACCUUCUGCUCGCCCUCCUCCGCCUGCCCCCGGCGCCUCCGGAGCGGCUCCGGGGGGAUGCCCGCUGUGCCCACCCGCCAGGCCCCUCCGCAGCCCCGGGCUGUGCCCCCGCGCAGGGUCGUACCGGGGUCUCGGUGGUCUCGCUGCGGCGCGGGGGGGUCCAGCCCGCACCUGCCCUGCGCUCCCGGGGGUCCGGUACCCGCAGCCCCCCCGCCCGGCAGCGCCGGGGCCGCCGCUCGCAGCCCCUUUCCUGCCACAGCCGAGCGGGUCUGAGCAUCGCCAGGCGUCGGGGAGGGUUUUCCCAUCUCCUCUGGCUCCUGUUUCCCCCCCUCGGAUGCUGCAGGUCCUCCUCGCCACCCCGGGGCCCUGCCUGCCCCUUCCCUCCGCAUCCUGGAUUUUAGGGCUAGGCGGAUUCUCCUGUCAGAAAUCCCAGGGCUGGUUUAACCGCGGAUGUUACCGGGCUAUGUUUCUCGGGGAAAUGGAGCAGGCAGCAAGCGCAGCAUCCCUGGCUCCUAUUGCCGUGCUGGAAUAGCAGCCUUGCCUCUUCCCACUCCACAGCCAGAGUACUUUUGUGCCAGUUCCUUAAUCCACUUGCAAAGCGGAUUUGAGCUAAAACCUGACAAAAGGUGCUCCAAAUCCCGUGGCGUUCGCGCAGGCAGCGACUGCAGGGGAGCAGCAGCUGCUCAGGUUCAUUCCCAGCCUUACCCUGAGAUGAGGGUUUGGAGAGGAGAAAAGAGCAACCAGGAGGGGAGAACGAUGAGAGGAGCAGGCAGAGUGGUUGUCAGACAGCUGGAGAGCGGAUCAGUGCCGGGAUCUGCAGCCUGGCAGCACCCAGAGCACAAACCCCUUCAGAGGAAAGAGCAUCGGAGCCGGAGCGGGUGGACCCUGGGAAUUGGCUGGGAUUGGAGAUGCUUGGUGGCCUGAGGAAGAUCAGCCUGGGCCUCUCGGAGCUCCCAGUUGCUGUUUAGUGUCGUGGCUGGUCUCGACUGCCAGUGUGGUGCUGCUCUCGCCCUGUGGGACAGAGACCGUCCUGCCUGGAGCAGAGCACCCCAAAACCCAGGUCCAGCCCCAUGGGGUGACACCAUGGGAAAAGCCUCGUGCAGAGAGGGAAAGUUCCUACAAACCUCUCAAUCAAAACACCAGGAAUUCAAGCCAAAAAGCCCGACAAGAGCAGAGUUGCCCAGCGGCUCCCAGAACAGCAGCUCAGUGUGACACAAUCGUGUGUGUCCUUAAAGCCAGGGACAGAUUCUGUUGCUGACCUUAAAAAUGUAGGUGGUGAACCCUUUGACAACCCUUUGGUAAAGGGGGGGACCUUGAGGCUUUGCAUCCCAAACCUCUGCCCUUUGCUGCUGCUUCCUCACCCCUUGUGCUGCAGGAUGGAGACAGGAGAAGGUCCUGGCACUCCAGGGACAUGGCAGGAAACGUGGGGCAUGUCCUUUAAACGGGAAAAUAAUUCCAGAUGAGUUGGGGAGCAGCCAGUUUGGCAGCCUGGGAUUGAUCUGCUUUAAUUUGAGUCGAUGUAGUUAUCAUUGGCAGUCCUGUGGCUGAGGUGGAGGAAAGGGAGCGGAGCUGCUGCCUCUUGCUGCUGGAGGACUGGCAGUGCCGGGCUCCCAGGUGGAUGGUAGUGAGCCCCUAGAGAUGCUCCACACAAUGACAUGUUGGCUCCCAGUCCUGGCCCUGCACGUGGUCCUGCUGAGCCCCCCGUGGGUGGGAUCCUGCCCCGCCCGCUGUGAGUGCGCCCCACACCUCAAAUCCGUGGUGUGCCACCGCAAGCGCCUCACCUCCAUCCCCGAGGGCAUCCCCACCGAGACCAGGAUCCUGGAGCUCAACAAGAACCGCAUCCGCUGCCUCAACCCCGGGGACCUGUCCCCGUACCCGCUGCUGGAGGAGCUGGAUUUCAGCGAGAACAUCAUCUCCAAUGUGGAGCCCGGAGCCUUCAGCAACCUGUUCAACCUGCAGACCCUGCGGCUGCGGGGGAACCAGCUCAAGCUCAUUCCCCCCGGGGUCUUCACCAAGCUGACCAACCUCACCCUCCUGGACAUCAGCGAGAACAAGCUUGUCAUCCUGCUGGACUACAUGUUCCAGGACCUGCGGAACCUGAAGAGCCUGGAGGUGGGUGACAACGACCUGGUGUACAUCUCCCAGCGUGCCUUCUCGGGGCUGCUGGGCCUGGAGCAGCUGACCAUCGAGAAGUGCAACCUGACCUCCAUCUCGGCCGAGUCGCUCUCCUACCUCCAGAACCUGGAGGUGCUGCGGCUCCGCCACCUCAGCAUCUCUGCGCUGGAGGACCAGAACUUCAAGAAGCUCUACAACCUCCUGCAGCUGGAGAUUGACAACUGGCCGCUGCUGGAAGAGGUCUCCCCCACCAGCUUCCAGGGACUGAACCUCACCUCGCUCUCCAUCACCUACACCAACAUCACGGCUGUGCCCGCCGCCGCCUUGAGGAACCUGGUGUACCUGCGGUACCUCAACCUGUCCUACAACCCCAUUAGCACUGUGCUGAAGGGCUCCUUUAAGGACCUCAUCCGGCUCCAGGAGCUCCACAUCGUGGGUGCCCUCCUGGUGUCCGUGGAGCCGCAGGCUUUCUCCGGCCUGAGACAGAUCCGGCUGCUCAACCUCUCCAGCAACUUCCUGUCCACGCUGGAGGAGAGCACCUUCCACUCGGUCAACACGCUGGAGACGCUGCGGGUGGACAGGAACCCCCUGGCCUGCGACUGCCGCCUCCUCUGGGUCCUGCAGCGGCGCAAGACGCUCAACUUCGACGGGCAGCAGCCCAUGUGCUCCUCCCCGCCCGAGAUCCAGGGCAACGCCCUGCGGGACUUCCCGGACUCAGUGCUCUUCGAGUACUUCACCUGCCAGAAGCCCAAGAUCCGGGAUCGGAAGCUGCAGCACGUGACGGCGCGGGAGGGCCAGUCCGUGUCCUUCCUGUGCCGGGCGGAUGGGGAGCCCGACCCCUCCAUCGCCUGGGUGUCCCCCCAGCACCGCAUGAUCACCACCCGCAGCACGGGCAGGGCCACGGUGCUGCCCGGGGGCACCCUGGAGAUCCGCUUCGCCCAGGUGCAGGACAGCGGCACCUACAUCUGCAUCGCCAGCAACGCCGGCGGCAACGACACCUACUUCGCCACGCUGACGGUGAAGGGGCGCCCGGCCGACGGCGCCCACCGCGCCAACCGCACCCUGUACCUCAGCGACUUCAACGACACCUUCCACAACGACACCCAGGUCUUCUUGAAGUUUACCUUGGACCUCAAGACCAUCCUGGUCUCCACGGCCAUGGGCUGCAUCACCUUCCUGGGCGUGGUGCUCUUCUGCUUCCUCCUGCUCUUCGUGUGGAGCCGUGGCCGGGGGCAGCACAAGAACAACUUCUCCGUGGAGUAUUCCUUCCGCAAGGUGGACGGGCCCACCACCACCACGGGCCAGGGAGGGGCCAGGAAGUUCAACAUGAAGAUGAUCUGAGGCUCUCCCGGAGG